AUGAGGGACCCGGCCUUCAGGCUCCUACUCGACGCUGCCGGGGAGGACAGGCCGAGCGCCGGGUCCCCGGCCCCUUCCGAGCCGCCCCCCUCCCCAGGGAAGCCCUCCUGGCUUCCGCAGCUCAGCAGCCCGAGGCCCCGAAGGGACCAGACUGGGGUGGGGGGCCUCUCGUUUGGCCACCCUUGGAGACAAAUCAUUACGUCCCCCGGACACCCUAUAGCUGUGACGCACCAGGCGACCCUGGCCUGCGGCUCGGAGCUCUGGGGAGCGACCGCCCCGUCGGUGGGGAGAGUCUGCCCAGCAUCCGAUGACGUCACCGCGUUUCUGCGCCGCGUGAUUGGUCGGGAGGCCCGAGGGCCGGGGUGGGCGGCCAAUCAGCAUCCAGACGCGGUGCUCCCCCGCUCCUCCCCACAGCAGGACUUGGUGCUCCCCCGCUCCUUCCCAGAGCAGGAGGAGGUGCUCCCCCUCUCAUUCCCAGAGCAGGACGAGCAGGACGCGGUGCUCCCCCGCUCCUCCCCGCAGCAGGACGCGGUGCUCCCCCGCUCCUCCCCGAAGCAGGACGCGGUGCUCCCCCGCUCCUCCCCGCAGCAGGACGCGGUGCUCCCCCGCUCCUCCCCACAGCAGGACUCGGUGCUCCCCCGCUCCUUCCCAGAGCAGGACUCGGUGCUCCCCCGCUCCUCCCCACAGCAGGACGCGGUGCUCCCCCGCUCAUCCCCAUUGCAAGAGCAGGACGAGGUGCUCCCCCGCUGCUCCCCAGAGCAGGACUCGGUGCUCCCCCGCUCCUCCCCACAGCAGGACGCGGUGCUCCACAGCUCCUCCCCACAUCAGGAUGCGGUGCUCCCCCUCUUCUUCCCAGAGCAGGACUCGCAGGACGCGGUACUCCACGGCUCCUCCCCACAGCAGGACGCGGUGCUCCCCCUCUUCUUCCCACAGCAGGACGCGGUGCUCCACAGCUCCUCCCCAGAGCAGGACUCGGUGCUCCCCCGCUCCUCCCCAGAGCAGGACUCGGUGCUCCCCCGCCCCUGCCCACGGCAGGACUCGGUGCUCCCCCUCCCCUUCCCAGAGCAGGACUCGAUGCUCCCCCGCUAUUCCCCACAGCAGGACUCGUCCUGGGAGACGGGAGUCGGAGCCCCGACCGGAGGAGCUGAGAUGCCGGAGCCCAAAGCCGCAGCCAAAGUCCCAAAGGGCAAGGAGGACCCCAAGGGCAAAGAGACCCCCAAGGAAGCCCCCAAAGCGGACCCGGAGGAAGCCCCCAAAGCGGAUCCCGAGGAGGCCCCAACUGAGUCCCCUAAAGAUGGUUGCCCCGAGGACCUGUCCCCCACCGUAGAGGAGCCUUCGGGACUCUUCCUUCAGAAGCCACAGAGGGUCUCUGUGGAGACAGGGAAGGAUGUGAAGAUCACAGCCAAGGUGGACGGGAAACAGCUGCCCGACAAGCCGACGAUCAAGUGGUUCAAGGGGAAGUGGUUGGAAUUGAGUAGUAAGAGCGGGGCUCGUUUCAACUUCUCACAGACCCUGGACAAGGAGAACAAUGUGUACCUGUUGCAGCUGCACAUAGAGAAGGUGGUACUUGGGGACCGUGGGGAUUAUCGCUGUGAGGUCACGGCCAAAGGCGUCUGCGACAGCUGUGAAUUCAACAUUGAUGUUGAGGCCCCCAGCCAGGACUCUGGAAACAUCCUGGAGAGCUUCAAGCGAACGGGCGAUGGGAAACCAGAGACUGCAGGAGAGCUGGACUUCAGCGGAUUGCUCAAAAAGAGGGAGGUGGUGGAGGAGAAAGAGAAGAAGAAGAAGAAGAAAGAUGACGAUGACCUGGGAUUGCCCCCCGAGAUCUGGGAGUUGCUGAAGGGGGCGAAGAAGAGCGAGUACGAGAAGAUCGCAUUCCAGUACGGAAUCACCGACCUGCGGGGGAUGCUCAGACGCCUCAAGAAGGUCAAGGUUGAGGUCAAGAAGAGUGCAGCGUUCACAAAGAAGCUGGACCCGGCCUACCAGGUGGACAAGGGCCAUAAGGUCAAACUGGUGGUGGAGGUCAGCGACCCUGACCUGCCUCUCAAGUGGUACAAGAACGGCCAGGAGCUAAAACCAAGCAGCAAGUACGUGUUUGAGAACGUGGGGAAGAAGCGUAUCCUGACCAUCAACAAGUGCACCCUGAGCGACGAUGCCGCCUACGAGGUUGCCAUCAAAGAUGAGAAGUGCUUCACUGAGCUCUUCGUCAAAGAGCCCCCGGUGCUGAUUGUGAAGCCCCUGGAAGAUCAGCAGGUGUAUGUGGGUGACCGGGUGGAGAUGGAGGUGGAAGUGUCUGAAGACGGGGCCCAGCUCAUGUGGAUGAAAGAUGAGGUGGAGAUGACCAGAGAGGAUUCCUACAAAGCCCGUUAUCGUUUCAAGAAAGAUGGGAAGAGGCACCUGCUGAUCUUCUCGGAGGUCUCCCUGGAGGACACGGGCCGCUACAAGGUCAUGACCAACGGGGGCCAAUGUGAAGCAGAGCUCAUCGUAGAGGAGAAGCAGCUGGAAGUCCUCCAAGACAUCGCGGACCUGACCGUCAAGGCCUCAGAACAGGCCGUGUUCAAGUGCGAGGUGUCCGAUGAGAAGGUCACGGGGAAAUGGUACAGGAACGGCGUCGAGGUCCGUCCUGGCAAACGCAUCACCAUGUCCCACAAGGGCCGAAUUCACAAGCUGGUGAUCGAUGACGUCCGUCCCGAGGAUGAAGCCGACUACACCUUCGUCCCCGACGGGUUCGCCCUCUCACUGUCAGCGAAACUCAACUUCCUGGAAAUUAAGGUGGAUUACGUUCCCAAACAAGAGCCGCCCAAAAUCCACCUGGACUGCUCGGGCCAAAUGAGUGAAAACACGAUUGUGGUUGUGGCCGGAAACAAGCUGAGGCUGGAUGUGGCCAUCACGGGAGAGCCGCUCCCUGUAGCCACUUGGCUCCGGGGCGACGAGGUGCUUUCGGCGCUGGAGGGUCGGGCCCGGAUCGAGCAGCGUCCGGACAGCAGCAGCUUCGUGAUCGAGGGGGCGGAGCGAGCGGACGAGGGCCGUUACACCAUCAAGGUCACCAACCCGUCCGGAGAAGACGUGGUCUCCAUCUUCGUAAAGGUCGUGGAUGUCCCCGACCCUCCCGAGGCCGUACGCAUAACGUCUGUUGGGGAGGACUGGGCGGUGCUGGUCUGGGACCCUCCCAAGUAUGAUGGUGGGCAGCCCGUUACAGGGUACCUGAUGGAGCGGAAGAAGAAGGGGUCCCAGCGCUGGAUGAAGCUGAAUUUUGAGGUUUUCACGGACACCACGUAUGAGUCGACCCGGAUGAUCGAAGGAGUUCUCUACGAGAUGCGUGUCUUCGCCGUCAACGCCAUAGGCGUCUCCCAGCCCAGCACCAACACCAAGCCCUUCAUGCCCAUCGCCCCCACCAGCGAGCCCCUGCAUCUGACGGUGGAGGAUGUGACCGACACCACGACCACACUCAAAUGGCGGCCGCCGGACCGCAUUGGGGCGGGCGGGAUCGAUGGCUACGUGGUGGAGUACUGCUUGGAAGACAGCAACGAGUGGGUGGCGGCCAACACGGAGCCGGUGGAGCGCUGCAGCCUCACCGUGAAGGACCUCCCCACCGGAGCCAAGAUCCUCUUCCGCGUCGUCGGCAUCAAUAUCGCCGGCCGAAGCGAACCGGCCACCCUGGUCCAGCCCGUCACUAUCUGCGAGAUUGUCGAGCAGCCCAAGAUCCGGCUUCCGCGCCAUCUGCGUCAGACGUUCAUCCGCCGGGUGGGCGAACCCAUCAACCUGGUCAUUCCCUUCCAGGGGAAGCCACGGCCGCAGGUGACUUGGACCAAGGCGGGAGGACCACUGGACGGAUCGCGCUUCCACAUGAGGACGAGCGAGGUGGACACGGUGCUGUUCGUGCGGCAGGCGGCCCGGGGCGACUCCGGCGAGUACCAGCUGAGCGUGGCCAUCGAGAACAUGCAGGACACGGCCACCGUGCGCAUCCGGGUCGUGGAGAAGGCGGGCCCAGCGGAAGGGGUGACAGUGAAGGAAGUGUGGGACUGUAAUGCCCUGGUGGAAUGGCAGCCCCCGCGGGAUGACGGCAACAGUGAGGUGACGAGCUACUUCAUCCAGAAAGCCGACAAGAAGACCAUGGAGUGGUUCACCGUGUACGAGCACAGCCGGCCCACCCGCUGCACGGUCUCCGACCUCAUCGUAGGCAAUGAGUAUUACUUCCGCGUUUUCUGUGAGAACAUCUGCGGCCUCAGCGACUCGGCGGGCCUCUCCACCAACACCGCUUAUAUAGCUAAACCAGGGCUGCAGUUGAAGCCCUUCAAUUACCAGGAACGCGAUCUCCGUUCGGCCCCCAAGUUCCUCACUCCGCUGACCGACCGUGUCAUCGUGGCCGGAUACGCGGCCGCCCUCACGUGCGCCGUCGCGGGGGAGCCGAAGCCGCGGGUGGUCUGGCUGAAGAACAAGAUGGAGAUCUCAGAGGACCCCAAGUUCCUCAUCACGAACCACCAGGGCAUUCUGACCCUGCGCAUCCGCCGGCCCAGCCCCUUCGACGGCGGCACCUACGCCUGCUGUGCCGUGAACGAGCUGGGCGAGGCUCUGGCUGAGUGCCACCUCGAGGUCCGAGUGCCACAGUGAACACCUGAUGCCAGAGGCACGGAAAGACCCUUGCCCUUCGAAGACACCGACCCCCGGCCUGCCUCCUCUAGGACCCGACAUCCCUCGCCCCCCGUCCCUCCCCUCCGUACAGCGGAGGGGACGCACCCUCAAGCCGU